AUGCCGUGGACAUAUCUUCUUUUACAUUUUUUGGCAUCUUUCACCCCCUUUGUGACGGCUGGUGCGCAAUGCAAGACAGAAUUCAGUAUUCCUGGUAUGGCUCUCGAUGGUUUCGUCUUCAAAAUUAUAUCCGUAACAGCCCCACACCAGUGUGAUGUCCGUUGUGAAAGAGAAAUCAGAUGUCAAAGUUUUAACUACGUCAUAGGGGAGAAAAUCUGCGAAUUGAAUAACCGCACCAAGGAGGCGAGGCCCUUAAAUUUCCGCGCUGACCCUGCACGGUUUUAUAUGCGACGUUUUGUCGGCAGAGGUAUGUGAUCAGCUUAAUUAAACUGCUCGUAACAGUUGAAAAUCACUGGGUGCUUUGAUCUUUCCCCGAUCACCGCACCGCAGUAUCGUAGAUCGGUAAAAAAGACGCAAAAAAAGAGAUCGGACUUUUCUAAGCCGAAGACUUAUCGCUGAGCAAACCAAAGCAACGAAAUUUCUUCUCAAAGAUACCCUUUAAUUUUUCAGUUCCCUUGGGUUCCAUUCCUGAGUUACCAGCGAUAUCUUGCCGGGAAAUAGAGGCAAGUGAAGGCAAAUACAACAUCAGCAACAAGCACUGGCUGGAUAGCAGUUACACGGGACAGGCAGAGUUGGUUGAUUGUAGUGACACAGUGAAAGGUGAGUGUUAG